AUGUUUUGGUGUUGUUGCUCUUAGGUUUCUGUUAAUUAUAUUACCCUAGAUUAAUGAUAAUAUUUAUUCAAAAAAUAAAAAAUAAUGUACCGAAGUCAACCCAAUCUAAAUUACUAUGGUACUACACAGAUCAAAGAAUUCGGUCUAUUCUUGGAAGAUUAUGACGUACGAUUGCUUAAUUUGGCCUCUGUAUCGGGCAUUAAGGAAUGUGAGAAUAAAACGACGUAUGUUGGACUAAAGGCUGCUCAAGAAAAAUUAGAUUCCAUUAGUCUAAUAGACACCGAUAACAAGGUGCUCAAUAAAAUCUUGUACACAUUAAGCGCAAUGUGUCUGGAGGCUAACUUAUUGAAGGAUGAAUUCGAAGAGAUUAUACAGGAGUUUCUUUGUUUCGAUGAAUCACUAGAUGAUAAUCCAGAUCAGCUACGUGAAGAUAGCACUUCAACUGUUGAUCAAUCUUCACUCAUAAUCAUUAGCGACAAAAUCGAAUUACUAACACGAAUUAAGUGUUACUUCGAGCGCAUUAUAGAAGUAUCCGUUUUAAUUUUGUCGCAGCUCGGAGGCCUCUUCGACCCCGCAAACAAGUUUGGUCAUUUUAACCAUGUAAAUUGGGAGCUACAUAUUAUGUUCGAUUGCCUAGCGGAACUGAUUUAUUUACCUGUAUCGUUUGACGUGAUUGUGGAGAACUCUGUUUUCAAAACGUUUUGGAAAUUUUAUGUUAAACAAAUUAAAGCUUUGAGCUUAAACCAAAAGAGAAUUACUGAAAUUGAAAACUCUGAUCACGUUUGUGAUUUAAGCAAAGCAAUAGAUGCAAUUGCUAUAUGGUGUGAUGGAAAUGCCUACAAGUACAUUUUGGAAGCCAUGUUUGAUACUAAGCAAAAACUCAUGCUAGAAUCUGCUUCGAUACUAGGGGAAAAUUUUUUACGUUAUCUCAAGCAUCGCAUUACCGAAAUAAACCUAUAUAGUACCAUUUUGCCAAGUAACGACGAAGCAACCAGCAUCAUUAAGUUAAACGGAAUGGUAAACAUGUACCACUAUAUUUUUGUUAGUAUCGAUGGUAAAGUUUUGAAAAACGUGCUAGAUAUAAACGAAAAGUUUUGUGAUAUCCCUCUAAAAGGGAAGGCAAUAUGGGUUGCCGAUGAUUUUUUUCGGAAGUAUGGUCAUAAAUCCAUUCGCGAUUGUGAUCGCAAUGAUUAUCAAAAGGCAAGAGUUGCUCGUCUGAUGUAUAGGAAAAAGAGCUUGGUCAAGGAUCUUCUAAUUCACUGCAUUCGAAUUGCCAGUUGGUUAGUUAGAAUUACAGCUGCUUUUACGACAACUAAAUAUGAUACAACAUUGGACACGCUGCGGCAAAAGUGCGGACUAAUUUUAGAAGGUGUUCGUUAUGCGGAAGAAAUCAGCUUCGUUGUGCAAUCGGUAACAUCACUGCAUUUAUAUCUGCAUGAAUCUGUCAGCAAGGAAAUAUUUCAAACUAUUGGAAAAAUGCUGGAAUAUUUGCAGUGUAUUCACAAUUUUUUUGCUUCUUAUCAAAAAGCGAUAUUGGAAGCAAAUCAGUUUAUAAUCCAGCACUUGCAGCAUAAAAUUUUUGUCAUUGUUGGACAUUCGAAGAAAAAACUUAUCAGCGAAGCCAAACAAGCAAAAAUGAAGAAAAGUGAAGCUUUCAUUGAUAAGCUCUCUGCUUUCCAUGUGAUAGAGCGAUGUAUGAGCGGUCCAGCAAACCGAAAGCGCUUGAUUGUUGCUCGAUUAGCUAUAUCAGUGAGCGAUCCUCGACAAACGCUAACGCCCGAAAGCUAUGAAAGAAUUCGAAUUCUGUUAAAUCAGUUAGAGACGUUAUCCAACAUUCAGAGCAAAAUCAGUCAGCUAUGCAACACUCAGUUUAUGUAUUGGCAUCAGUCAUUUUUUGCAUUUUGUGUGACAGAUUACUACCAACAGAGCUCUGCGCAGGAAAAUAUUAAAUUUAUUAUACAAAAUGCUUCUAUGUGUUGUGAUAGCGUCUUGAAAGCUUCUUCUGAUAACAAAAUUGUGUCUCAUCUAGCAAAGAGCCAUCGAAAAAUAGUAAACGAUCGGCUCAUGCAUCAAAUCAGCAAUCACAUAGAGACGUACAUUCGUCUUGAUUACUAUGGAAAAACAUGUCAGAUUGAAGCUUUUAAUCCUUUUACGGACUCGACAUUGGUAUUAAAAAAUAUUCAUUCAUUACUUCGAAUGGAACCUGUCCUAGUCGGUGGUCAAUAUUUGUGUGCAACGGAACAUGGCAGGCGCUAUCUCAGUAAUACAUUCUAUACACUUGCCUCAAUUUCUCAACAUGAUUGGAAAAUAUAUAAAGAAAUGCGUUGUCAAGCAGAAAACUAUGAGGUUGAAACCAUAGAAGAUCAAUUACCAAAACAGACACUUGAACAAGGGCUGGAUAUACUAGAAAUCAUGCAUAACAUUGAACACUUUGUCAGUCACUACGUAUAUAAUUUGAAUUUUCAAAUUUUUAUUCAACAAACCAGUAACAAUAACUUCUUGAAUACUGUCAAUAUAAGCCACAUAGCCAACUCACUACGCAGACAUGGAAAUGGUAUCAUAAACACAACGGUUAACUACACUUUCCAAUUUUUGCGGCAAAAGUUCAUCGUUUUUUCCAAUUUUUUAUUCGAUGAGCAAAUUAAGGCUCGUCUUAUCAGCGAUGCGAAAUAUUUCUCAGAAAAUACUGAUGAACUUAAUCAAACAUAUGAUUACAAUCGAGCUCAUGCUUUCAAUAGAAAAAUAAAGAAUCUUGGCCUGUCUGAAAACGGUGAAACUUAUAUGGACUUAUUUCGGAAAUUAAUUUGUCAUAUUGGAAACGCAAUGGGCUACGUGCGAAUGAUUCGCUCUGGUGCUUUGCACGAAUGUACCGAAGCGACAAUUUAUUUACCGGUGAUAGAUGGCGAUCUCAAUUUUGUAAAAUAUGCUAAAGAAGAGUACUUACACGAACAAAGCCUCAGUGCUGCACAGAUUCUGGAAAAUGAUAUAAACACACUUUGUAAAAAUUAUCGCAUAGACACAAACUAUUUUCGUUUGUUGGUGAAUGCCUUUUUGACGCUGCGCGAUCCUGAAAAUAUUCACCUGCAAAACUUCUACAUGAUCAUUCCUCCAUUGACGAUUAAUUUUGUAGAAUUUAUUUUAAAAGCAAAGGAGAAAAUCACCAAAAAAGACAAGGUUGGUGCUUUGUUUACAGAUGAUGGAUUUGCAAUGGGUAUCGCUUUCAUCCUAAAACUAUUGGAUCAAACAAACCAAUUCAAUUCGCUACAUUGGUUCCGGUCUGUCAAAAAUAAAUACAACCAAGAAAUUGAAAAAUUGGACUCCAAUCAGCAGUUAUCUGCCAAAACAAGCGACACAGAUAAACUGAUGCAAACUUUCGCUUUAACCAGACGGAGACUCAAAAUGGUGCAACAGGAGUUCGAUUUGUUAUUCUGUAAUCUGAGUAGUGCCAAAAUAUUUUUCAAUGAUGCCGUAGAUUAGCAUAUAGGAACUUAAUGUCAAAGGAUUUGCAUGCAAACUACAGAGUAAUUUAUCUUAAGACGAAGUCAUCUAUAAAUUGUCAUAUGUAAUAUUUGAUAUUUUCACAUUAUGGUUCUGCUUUCCACUGAGGCCAUGUUUUUAUUUCUUCGAAUAACAUUCUACCCGGGCUUUCUGU